AUGGUCAUACCUGAGAUACAAAAGCCAGAGGAGGAGGAGGAGGAAGCCCCACAUCAUCCCAGCCACUCUGUCCCAGUGAGCACCAUUGGCAGAUCUGACCCCCGGUUACACAGCCACAGCCCUUGGUGCCAUACAGCAGCUCCAGGGAGCCAAGAAGGAAGGGCUGAGGGGAAGGCUUGCUUUGCAGCCCUGUUUCUCUCCAGUGUCACUGUGGGUUUCUUUGCAGUUUGCCAGGCUCUGGUUGUCCCCAGAGAGGUCAGUGGCCAGGCAGGGGAGACCCUCUCUCUCCACUGCUGGUAGCCCCGGGGCUACGAGGGCUACAACAAGUACUGGUUGGGGGGCAGCCGGGACUCCUGCUGCAAGGUGGUGAGGACGGUGGGCAGGGAAGCUCCCCGGCAGCACGGCUGGGUCUCCAUCCAGGACAGCCAUGUCUUCUGUGUGAUCCUGCUCAUUGUGGAGAACCUCUCCGAGGAAGAUGCUGGGAGUUACUGGUGUGGGGUCAAGAGGACGAGCAGGGACCUGAUGGAACCAGUGACUGAGGGUGGUCCCAGGCCAUUGCCCCCACUUUGCAUCCCACUGGCAUGCAGGGCACUGCAAAAGCAAAGCCCCAGCCUUGGGAUAGAGAGAAGGAGCCCCACUCCUCUCCCCUCACCUCCAGCCCUGGGGGGGCCAGCCCUGAGCACCCUAGUGCCCACCAUGGUCGUGCUCUCCCUCCCUGCUGCUGCCGGCUCCGCCAGACUCCUCUGCACCCUGUGCAGGAGGAGGGAAGGUAACGCUGCCCACGCAUGCCCCGUCCCAGGCACACCCCGGUGCCCAUCCCAGGACCUGGGGGACAAACCCACUCUGGGCACGGGGCUGUGGGGAGCUCCCUGCUCCCAGUGACACAGAAAACCUGCCCCUGUGUCUCUUUCUGGCACA